AUGGCCUCGGAGUCCUCGGCUGUGUUUAAGAGCGUGAAGAAAGUGCGCAAUUUUGAGCCUGUCGGCGAAAUCGAUGACGGGAUGGGGAAGAAAUGGAAAGUUGUCGUGGACCCGAUCAAUUUAGAUCCAAGCUACGACAUGAUCGAUUUCAGUGCCCCUGGAGCCAGAGUUGCUAAGUUCGCCGAAGUCUUCCCCGAGCUUGCAUCAUGUAUCAACGCAGCGGUUAUUUUUUUUCACGAAGUACCGUCCUUAUGGUGGACAGUUGCCAUUGCGCUUCCGAGAGCGACAUACUUAACUGUCGUCGUUACUUCUAUAGAGGAAAGAACGAAGCUGAGCGAUGAGAUCGAAAAAGUCGAGUUGCAGCCUCGGGUGCAACUCCGGGUUGAUGGUGUCAUCCAACCACAAGUCUCUCAAGAGACUGUUAUCUACAGCAGAAUGAAAAAUGCUGUGGAUAGUGAGGAUGCCAAUGUUUUAGACUUUUGCGGGACUUUCAUCACGCAAUUUCCAAUUUCUAUGAGGCCUGGCAGUUGA